GCUGCUGUGUGGAUUCGAGUUCCAAAAGUAGGAGGAGUUCAAAGCUUGGAAGAAAAGGGCACGGACAAAAAGAGUCGCGGAAGAAGACGAACGGGGUUGAGAAGAUGAAGAAGGCUCAAUUGGAGUUACCAGCCGGGUUCAGGUUCCACCCGACCGACGACGAGCUGGUGAACCAUUACUUGAUCCGCAAGUGCGCUUCCCACCCCAUCUCCGUCUCCAUCAUUGCCGAGAUCGAUCUCUACAAGUUCGACCCUUGGGACCUUCCAGAAAUCGCUCUGUACGGCGAAAAAGAAUGGUGCUUCUUUUCUCCGAGGGACCGCAAGUACCCCAACGGAUCACGGCCGAACCGGGCAGCCGGAACUGGGUACUGGAAGGCGACCGGGGCUGAUAAGCUGAUCGGCCGCCCAAAGACGCUUGGCAUAAAAAAGGCGCUGGUGUUUUACGCCGGAAAAACUCAAAGAGGAGUGAAGACCAAUUGGAUCAUGCACGAGUAUCGCCUCGCCAAUGUCGAUCGAUCUGCCGGCAAGAAGAAGAACUCGAGGCUUGAUGAUUGGGUUCUAUGCCGGAUAUACAACAAGAAGGGCACCAUAGAGAAGCAUUUCCCCUCCGCACGACCGGCAGUGUUCCCGGAGAUGGAGACCAAGCCGCAGAUUGUCAUGCCGGUGGCGCCAAAUCCGUACCCACCUCCCCAAUAUGGGCAUUCGCCAAUGACUACGGAUCACUUGUACAUGGACUCGUCGGAGUCGAUGCCGAGGCUGCACACAGAUUCUAGCUGCUCGGAGCAUGCGGUGUCCCCAGACUUGGCAUGCGAGAAGGAAGUGCAGAGUGAGGAGAAGUGGGACGAUUGGGAGAAGGCCCUCGAUUUCCAGUUCGGUUCAAUGGAUAACUUCUUGGACGACGCUUUCGCGCAAGGGCAGUUUCAGUUGGAUCAGUUCUCGCCUCUUCAGGACAUGUCCAUGUACUUGCAGGAGUCAUUCUGAUUAAGUCCGUUGAGGAACACAGAAGUCGGAUAUUCUUUUAUAGGAGCCUGAACCAUUCCAUUCGUGUUGGUUCUCAUUGAAAUUGCAUGAUCCACUGGCAUGGUGAUCAAUCAAGACAAUCUCUGUCUUGGACAAAUUGCUCAUGUAGGGCUACAGACAAGAGUUAGUCCUAGGAUUUUGCUCUGCGGGUUUUGCCAAGAGAGGAGCAAAGCGUUGAGGUGCAUCCAGUUGCACAGUGAAAGCAGAAGUGCCACAAUCUUGGUGGGUCUGCGGUGGUCAAUACAGGUAGAAUUUAGAAUCGUGUUAACUCCUGAUGUCUCCUGUAAAUAGAAAGUCUCUGGGGAAACUGUUUGCUGUAAGAUUGUAGCAAAAUUGUUUCAAUUUUUUUGUCAUGAAGAUUGUUUUAAUAUUC